GCGGGUGACCCGAUUGAAAGUGAAUCGGAGCCAGUGGAGAUGAAGGAUCUUCCUUAUCUUGUUCUGUUCCUGUGUGUGUGUGAGUGACAAACACAGAGACAUUGCGAGAUGAACACAUUAUCAAUGGCAUCUGUUCUUCCCACUUCCAAUUUGAAACCUUUAACCUUUCCUUCUAUCAGAACCAAACCCUCAUUCGCACUCACCAAUCCACACCUUCACGUGGCUUCUCCAACACCCUCACGCUUUAAGCUCUGUGCUUCUGCCACCGAAAUCGCUGUUGCUGAAGACACCCCUCUUCCUCCCCAGCCUCAGAAGCUUGGAGUGGUUGUGAAGCCAACGGACAAGCCAAGGCUUGUGUUAAAGUUCAUUUGGAUGGAGAAGAACAUUGGUAUUGCACUUGAUCAGAUGAUACCAGGGCAUGGCACCAUUCCUCUGAGCCCUUAUUACUUUUGGCCAAGGAAAGAUGCUUGGGAAGAGCUCAAGGAGUUACUUGAGAGCAAGCCUUGGAUAUCUCAAAAGCAGAUGAUUAUUCUUCUCAAUCAAGCUACUGAUAUCAUCAAUCUGUGGCAGCAAAGUGGUGGCAACUUGUCUUGAGCUCAAUGUUGAAUGAUUUUUCAUACUUUUUUCUUUCUUCUUGGGGUAAUGUUUUGUGACAAUAGGUUGUUCCCCUUUUAAUGUUACAGUUGUUCUGUU